AAAACAACGUGGCAGUUGCAGCGGUAAGGCGGCGAGCGCUUUUGUCUGUGGGCGUCCUUUCCAGAUUCAUAUGAACUCACUCUUAGAAGUUAGAAUCGUAAACAAGAACAAACGCGCCUCUCUCUCUCUCAAAAAUCCUCUCUGUGUUUUGUUUUCUUGAGAAUGGGAAUUCCAUCGGAAAUGAGGGACAUGUGGGUGAACAACCGUCGAAACUCUCUGCUGAUUCCUUCGCCAUAUGAAGAUGAGAUUCAACAGAAGGCCUUAAGGGCCAAAACUUGCACCCAAGAGGGCGCUCGCCAGGGAUUCAAGGCAGCUUGCAUUUGGGGUGCUGUCAGCGCUGUGCCUACAUUGGCUGCUGUUCGUACGAUUCCUUGGGCAAAGGCUAACCUCAAUUAUACUGCUCAAGCACUGAUGAUAUCUGCUGCAUCAAUUGCUGCUUACUUCAUCACCGCUGAUAAAACCAUCUUGGAGUGUGCUAGAAAAAAUGCGCAGUUGCAACAAGCCUUGAGCCGCCAGCAGUGAUAUCAAUCAUAUCAUGCCUGUAACUCAAAAUGAUAUGAAUACCAUCCAGUGACUUAUCAUGGCACAUGAUGGUGCGGCUUGUUAUGGAUAGCAGAGGAGUCUGUUUUGUGUAUUAAGUGUACUCCACCUUCUCCUAACAGAAUUUUCAUUUUACAUUCCAAGCUUUAUAAGCAAGAUUUUUUAAAGAUUCUUUGUGUUUUCUUCUAUUUGGCCAAGGAAGAAUAGUGUGUUCAUUAAUAAGGCUGGGGAUCGGUACUGUGAAAUCGUUCUGUGGCCUUAUUACAAUAAUUACAAGGAUUUCAGUUUGUUAA